ACUAGAGGACCCCUUCCCGCAGUCCUCAAUCAACUUGCCACAGGCCAACAUGGCUAAAUGUUUGAAUCUCGGCUCUUUCCUUUUCACUAGGAUGGUUGAGAUACCAUGUAUCUCUAUAGGGGGCAAAAUUAAAACCUGGACCCCAAACAGACCAGGCAGAGCCAUCAGCAUCCACUCAGCCUUACACUCCAACUCUCUUAGGAACAGCUCUUUGGAGGACAAAGUCACAAUUCACUUUGUUAAUCAAGCUGGUAUCAAAACUACCACCACUGUCACAGAAGGAGAAACCCUGUUAGAUGUUGUCAUUAAAAAAAACUUGGACAUAAGUGGUUUUGGUGCAUGUGAAGGGACAUUAGCAUGCUCCACGUGCCAUAUUAUAUUUGACAAGACAUUUUAUGAGAAGCUGGAACCAAUGGUGGAUGAAGAGAUGGAUAUGCUAGAUCUAGCUUAUGGCCUUACUAAGACGUCACGUCUCGGCUGUCAGAUAACAGUGCGCAAGUGGAUGGAUGGUAUGACUGUUCAAGUGCCCCAGGAGGUGAGGGACACUGUGGGAUCUGAAGGCAGCCAGUGAUCCUUUAUGCAACCUCAUCUCUUCCGCAACCUCAUCUCACCUACUGUACCAAUCAAAUCAUUGACAUCAAACAUCUCCUGGACCAUCUACCAAUUGCCACGCUUCUGUUGUAUAAUCUAAUUUGUUUGACAUAUUAUUUUAAAAGAGCAUAAAAAACUACUAGUCAGCACUUAUUGUUUAAAGUACACAAUUAGAAAUAAAAUCGUAUUGCAUGUUAAAAACAUAAAAGUUAACCAUUAGAAAUAAGGAAUAAUUUUUAAAUGUAAAAAAAAAAAUUAUGAAACUUGUUUUCACCCAACUACUGUACAUGGUAAUGUAAUAACCUUCAUUUCAUUUUGUAAAGUAUUGUCCACUGACCAACAACACCUAGUGCAAAACAAUAUACUGUGCCAAUUAACCCUGCCCUCCACUAUUUUGCAAAUAAAACAUUUUGUUUAGCAGAAUAAAUAAAUCUCAUCAUCAUCA